AAAAAAAAAAUUAUAAAGAAUUAUACGCGGUACAUACUAGAAAUCAAACAGGAAUACACAGAAUUUAAUAUAUAUCAUUACUAAAUCCUUCAUCUUUAGAAUAUAAAUGGGAAUUAGAAGAAAACCAUAUAAAACAUAUAAAUCUACACCAAGGGAUUUACCAAAAGUAAUUAUGAUUUCUAUUCAAUAUUAACCAACCAAUAUAUACGAUUCUACUAAUAUGUAUGCUUAUGCCACAACAUUUCAUGCGACAAAGAAAAAGUAAGACACAAUAAUAAAAAAAAAAGUACAACUUAAAAUGAGAAAAAAUGUAAAAGUAAAAUAAAAGCAUCCAAUGAAGAUUCAUCAAAGAAUACGCAAUAUAAUAAACAAGGUAAGUAAUAUAAUUCUUAUAUAUUUGAAACAAAAAAAUAUUCAUGUUAAAAAAAAUAUUCAAAUAAUUUAAUUAUCUAGGUUUUCUCAAGGAAUAUAUGGCAAUUAGUAACAAGACUUACAAAAAAAUAAUACUUAAAAAAUACGGAUUAAGAAUUAUUUUACCUGUAUUAUUGUUCUUGUUUUUAUUAAUAAUAUCCACAAUACAGUUAACAUCACAUUUCAUAUAUAAGAAAAUGUGAUGGUUGAAUUUUGAUUGGUCUAAUACUCAAAUAGAAGAAUUAGAUAAGGAAAUAUUGUCAAUCACAUUAGAAAAUUUAAAAGAUAGUUUCCCAUGGAUAUGAAGGUCUUAGAUGCAGAUCCCACUAACGCCCAAAUUUCUGUUCUAGGACAAUCAAUUGGCCAACUAAUAUAUUUCUUUUCUUUCAUUAUAUUAGGUAUCACACUUAUAUUAAAGGUUUUUUACGAUCAUAUGUUAAAAUAUAAAAAAAUUAAGUUCAGUAAAAGAUAAUAUACAUAGUAAGGAAUAUAUAUAUUCCUAAAGAAUUUCCAAGUAUAUAGUAAUAGAUAUAAUAUUUUUAUUCUUAAUAAACAUAAUCAUAAUUUCUUAAAUUCUCUAUAUAUCCCAAUAUAUAUAUGACAUUUUUGACAGACAAAAAUGAAACAAUAUGUUCUUAGUUUUUUCGCGAAUUUGAACCUUUUAAUGUUC